AUGUCUUCCUCGAACGUCCUCGUACGAGAAAACGUUGCAAAAAUAUCCGAUUUUGAUCUGUCCACAGAUAUUCAGAAGAAAAUACUGUCUGCAUCACACGGUAAAGGGCAUACCGCAUACAUAGAUCCGCUAUCCUUUAACGGAACGCUGGAUAGGCGUGGACCAGAAUCGGAUAUAUUCAGUCUUGGAGUCUUACUCUGGGAAGUCUCGAGUGGAAAAAUCCCGUGCGAAGGGCGGACUCUGAUUCAUGAGGUUAUUAUGUACAGAUUGCAUGGUUCUCGUGAUCCCCCGUUUGAAGGAACGCCCGAACAGUAUGUCGAGCUAUAUUCGGAAUGUUGGAGUGAAGACCCCAAGAGGCGUCCGUCAGCUGAAGACGUUUACAGAAGGCUGCAGUCAAUGUCCGGUUAA